AUGGCUGAUUUCAAGCCCGGCGGUUCAGCUGAGACCUCCUCAGGUUCCUUUAAACCCGUCAGGACGUCGAGGAGUCACCAGGAGCUCCACAAGGAACUGCUGCUGGCCCACAGAAAGGGUCUGGUGCUGAGCAGCAAGCUGGAGCUGCAGCGGGUCCUGGAGAGGAGGAGGAGGGAGCAGAGUGAGCGGGAGGAGCAGCAGCAGAGCAGGACUCCUCUGGAGGAGGUUCUGCUCAGACGCCAGCGGAAACAGCAGGAGCAGGAGAGACAGCAGGAGGAGCAGGUCCGGGAGGAGGCGCAGCUGCUGGAGUUUGUCAGAGUCCGACAGAACCUGAGGAAGAUCCAGAACAAAUCCUCCAAAUCCAGUAAUGAAGAAUACACUGAGAAAAAAUGA